AUUCCUCCAUUUGACCCAUGUCAUCAUCUUCAUACCACCACGGCACCACUUGCUAUGCACUCCCCCCUCCUUUCCCCCUAGCUCCAAGCCCAUUUAUAUCUACUUAGAUUUUCCUCUGUUUUUUCCAUAGAAAUCAACAAUGAAGACUCCGGUGGAAGACAAGUUCUCUCAGUUCUACGAGAGCUGGAUUUUCCGUCUUGAUGACUACUCCAACCAGCUGUUUACGUUGUCGAAACAGAGUGUUUGCUCUGAGGAAGAACAGAGAGCUCUGGUUUCCAAAUUGACUUCCCAUCACAAAGAAUAUUACACUGUCAAAUGGGCUUCCGCUCAUGAAGACGUGCUUGCUUUCUUCUCUCCGGUUUGGUUAACCAAUCCAGAGAAGGUUUUUUCGUGGGUUACUGGGUGGAAGCCGUCUGGCAUGUUUCGGCUUCUUGAUACCAUGAAGGAAACAGGGGUUCUAGGUGGGAGUUUGAGACGGUUGACGGCGGAGCAGGGAAUGAAGGUAAAGGAAUUGAGGAUGAAGAUAAGGCUGGAGGAAGAGAAAGUGGAGAGAGAAAUGGAGAGGCAGCAGGUGGCCAUGGCGGAUAGGAAAAUUGUGGAGUUGUUUAAGUUGGGGAGGCGGCUGAGGGAGGGGGAGUGCGUGGGGCAGGUAGAUGGGUUGGCAGAGGUGGCGGUGAAGAGCAUAAUGGGAGGGCUGGAGGGGGUCAUGAAGGCGGCGGAUUGUGUCAGGCUCAAGACACUGAAAGGGAUUCUCGAUGUCCUGAGUCCACAGCAGAGUGUGGACUUCUUGGCCGGGACUUGCAUGCUCCAGAUUCAGUUGAGGCAAUGUGGGAAGAGAAAGGUCGACAACCGAAAGAAUCAGCUACUUCUAGAAUGAACUGCAUGUCAUCCAUCCAGUCCUUGUAUUCUAAAUUAAGCAUGCUUCAUGUAACAUGUUUCAUUAAAAAAAAAAGGUUCAG